CGUCUUAGGAACUAAACUUGAUAAAAACAAAUUUCUUUUCCUUUUUCGUAAAAUAUUUACUACUUGUAUAAAAUUUAUCGAUAAUAUCAAUAAAAUCUAUCUGUAUAUUAUAAAAUAGUAAAUUUCGUGCCGAAAGAGCGGUGCAUCUAAAAAAAUCUUAUUUAGUGUAGAUGUAUGCUAUAGAGAUAAAAUUCGGAGAAACAUGAAUGCUAUAUUCGCGAUUAAUGUCAAAUAACGGUUUAUAAGUGGUGUACUAAUCAGUAAAUUUAUCUCACCGCGAUGGUAUAAAACGAGGUGCCAUGACUUGUUUACUUUUGUUCAUCUUUUACUGUGCUCUGGGAAACUUAUUUAUACGCUCCACUUUGAUUCGGAACUUUUUUCUUCCAAUAGUUUAUGUGUAUGUAUCAUGUGUUCUUUUCGUGUUACUUGAUCGUCUGAUGUGUCGCGUGGUGUGAUUCAAUUAUCAAGGGAACUAUUGAUAGAUUGGAAAGUUACAAAAGAUUAGUUAACAUGGUUAACUAUUUCGAAAUUUUCACCGCCGCCGCGGUGGUAAUCGUGGCUGUGUAUUAUUAUUUAACAUCAACGUUCAAUUUCUGGAAGAACAAAGGUGUAGCUGGACCUGAGCCGAUACCUAUAUUCGGCAAUUUUAAAGAUGUUAUAUUGAGGAAAACAUUGGUGGGCGAAUAUCUUAGGCAAGUAUACAAUAAAUACAAAAACGAACCAGUUAUUGGAAUAUUUGUGAGAGGAUCUCCUAACGUUAUCGUGCGUGACCUGGACCUCGUCAAAGAUGUCCUCAUCAAGGACUUUUCUACUUUCAAUGACCGUGGAAUUGUUAUUCACGAAAAGGUGGAACCAUUGUCUGUGAAUCUCUUCUCUUUGGAAGCAAAGAGAUGGAGAAUUCUCCGAACAAAGCUCUCGCCAGUGUUCACAUCCGGAAAGAUCAAAGAAAUGUUCCAUUUGAUAACGGAUUGCUCGCAGCAACUGGAGAAAUAUUUGGAGAAAAUCGUUCAGAAAGAAGAGCCGAUAGAAUGUCGCGAAGUGGCAGCGAAAUUCACGACUGACGUUAUCGGUAGUUGCGCGUUCGGGAUCAAUAUGAACGCGUUGUCUAAUGAAGAAAGUGAAUUUCGCCGGAUAGGCAAAGAGGCGUUUUCGACUUCGCCAUGGAUCCUCAUGAAGCAAACAUUCAAAGAAAGCUUGCCUAAGUUGUACAGUUACAUCUGGAGCAUACUACCCUACACAAGGGUUACCACUUUUUUCAUUAAAGCUAUCUCGGAUACGAUAAACUAUAGGGAAGAGAAUAAAAUAUAUAGACCAGACUUCGUAAAUAUGCUAAUGGAGUUAAAGAAACAUCCAGACAAAUUAGAAGAUAUUGAAUUGACGGACGCCUUGCUCACUAGUCAGGCGUUCGUUUUCUUCUUAGCCGGUUUUGAAACAUCGUCGACGACUAUCUGCCACGCUCUUUAUGAAAUGGCUCUUCACCAGGAGAUGCAGGAUAAAUUAAGAGCAGAAAUUAAGGAGACUAGCGCUAAAAUUAAUGGCGACUUCAAAUACGAAAACGUGAAAGAAAUGAAAUACUUGGAUAAAAUUUUUAAAGAAACACUUAGGAAAUAUCCACCAGGAACAACAUUAAGAAGAAAAUGUAACUCGGAUUACACCUUCAGGGGAAGUAAAAUAACAAUUCCCAAAGGUACCGGAGUAUUUAUUCCAGUGUAUGCGAUUCAUCACGAUCCCAGUAUUUAUCCAAGUCCAGAAAUUUUCGAUCCAGAAAGGUUCAAUGAAGAUGCAAUCGCAACGAGACACACGAUGAGCUACUUACCAUUCGGAGAAGGGCCACGAAAUUGCAUAGGUGCUCGUUUCGCAAUUUAUCAAACGAAAGUGGGGUUGAUAAAAAUACUGCACCAUUUUAGAGUUAGUGUUUGUGAAAAAACAAUAGUCCCGUAUGAACAUGACCCACGUGCACUUGUAUUAGGUCCGAAAGGUGGGAUGUACUUGAAGAUAAGUAAAAUUGAAAACAAACUUCGUUCGUUGAAAUCUCAUUAUUUACUGGAUUAUGAACACUGCGGAACCAUGGCUAAUUAUUUAGAAAUACUUUGCGGAGUCGCAGCAGUAAUUUAUGGUAUUUAUUAUUACUUCACCGCGACCUUCGAUUUUUGGAAAAUUCGUAAUGUUCCUGGACCGAAACCUAUGCCGUUGUUCGGCAACAUAAAGGACGUGAUGCUCACGAAAAUGUCAAUGAGCGAUUACUUGCAAAUGCUUUACGAAGAGUACAAAAAUGAACCAAUGGUCGGAAUAUUUACGAGAAGAACACCUAUCCUUCUUCUUCAAGAGCCGAAUCUUAUAAAGGACGUUUUAAUAAGAGAUUUUUCGAAAUUUGCGGACCGCGGUUUGCCUGUAUACGAAAAGACAGAACCGUUGUCUCCACAUUUGUUCAACUUGGAGCCGGAAAGAUGGCGGCCACUGAGAACAAGGCUCUCACCGGUGUUCACGUCCGGCAAACUCAAGGAAAUGUUUCCGCUCAUAUUGGAGUGUUCAGAACAUUUGGAACAAUAUUUGGAAAAAGUUGUAGAAAAAGGAGAGCCUGUAGAAUGCCGCGAAUUGACAGCGAAAUAUGCAACGGAUGUGAUUGGUAGCUGCGCUUUUGGGCUUGAAACGAACGCUUUGUCGGACACAGAAAGCGAAUUUCGCCGGGUGGGCCGAAAAGUAUUCUCCACUAGCUUUAUCCAAGUAGUAAGAUUCCGCCUUAGACAGGCAAUGCCAUGGUUUUACAGAAUGCUGGGAUAUAUACUUCCGAAAUCGGAAAUUACAUCGUUUUUCACUAAAGUAAUCUCGGACACGUUGAAAUACAGAAGCCAAAAUAAUAUAGUUAGGCCGGACUUCGUCAAUAUGCUUCUCGAGCUCAAGAAACAUCCAGAUAAAUUGGAGAAUAUCAAACUCACAGACACUUUGCUAACUGCUCAAGCUUUCGUUUUCUUCAUCGCUGGCUUUGAGACUUCUUCAUCAGCGAUGAGCAACGCUCUAUACGAACUAGCUUUAAAUCCGGAUGUACAAGAUAAACUUCGAAAAGAAAUCCGAGAACAUUGUGAUAAAAACAAAGGAGAGUUAAAAUACGACGAAGUGAAAGAAAUGGCAUACUUGGACUUAGUAUUCCGAGAAACAUUAAGAAAAUAUCCACCUGGACCAUUCUUAAUGAGGAAAUCCAUGUGCGAUUAUUGUUUCGACGGGACAAAAGUUACGAUUCCGAAGGGAACGAUGAUUUGGAUACCAAUAUUUGCAAUCCAGCGAGAUCCUACGAUCUACCCAAAUCCUGAUGCUUUUAUUCCUGAAAGAUUUAAUGACGAAGCCGUUCAGACGCGACAUCCUAUGACUUAUUUACCUUUCGGUGAUGGACCAAGAAAUUGCAUUGGUGCGCGAUUUGCAGUUUACCAAUCGAAACUUGGACUGAUAAAAAUACUUCGGAAUCACAAGGUCGAUGUGUGUGAAAAAACAAUGAUCCCAUAUGUAUUUGAUCCAACUGCAUUUUUACUAGCGCCGAAAGGAGGGAUAUAUUUAAAGAUAACAAAACUAGAAAAUUAAUUAUGAAUAUUUUAAGUUUUUAAAAGGUAUUAAUAUACAAACAAAUAAUGGAAAGAUUAUAUAAUUAAAUAAAAAUUAUACAUGUAUAUAUGUGCAAUGAAUGUUAGAUAAUUGCAACACACAUCUGGAUCUACAUGUUGCAAUUAUGAAGAAGUAAAUAGAUACGAAGAUAUUAAAUAUGGAGGUCUUCACUUCAAAAAUCAAACUUUCUUAUCUUUUACUUUUGAUGGAUGAAACUUUUACCAUUGUGUUUAUUAUAUUUUUCUAAUUGAAAUGACACUAACCACAAUAAAAUUACAAUCACGAAGAGAUUCACAAUGUUGUAAUUAUCCAAGAUUUACUGUACAUAAGUAUUUACAUCAUAUUUAACAAGUAUUUUUACAUUGCUUUGCAUGUUAUUUGCGUGUAUUUUUGUAAUAUAAUUCCUCAUAUAAUAAAUUUGUUAUAUUAAAAGAAAUUUUAGUUAGAAUAAUAAAAUUAUAAUACUAUUUAUAAAUUAAUAAUUUUGUUUUCAUUUCUAAAUAUUAUAAUUCAAACUACGACAUAAUUUAUAUUUAUGGCCUCUUAACAAUUUAAGCGUACCUGCUGUAUUUCGAGAACCUAUAUAAGUAUAAGGCUUGGACCACACGAACGUUUUAUAUGCAGCAUGUCACGCACUGUAUUUUCUCCACUGACAUAAAAUUUUGACCAGCGUUUCACAAAUGUUUUACUCACUACGAAUUAUAUAUAAUAAACAAUACAUUACAUCAAGGAUGUUACAUCAGUGCCCACGGGUACUCUCGUGAUACUCCCCUCACGAAAAGUUACCCUCUCCAGACUUACUAUCACCUGUUUAUUUGAACACUACAUAGAACUGCUCACAUACACAGGCUCGAGUAACUCUUUGAGUAUAGGUAGUGGGGGACCGCUGUUUCUGAGUUACUAACACGAGAUGAGAAAGUUAUAGACACCCCUGUUCUAGAGUACUGUUGUAGACUUCUUGGUCGACCACCAAUAAACUGAAAGUGUACAGGAACAAAAGUAUGCGAUCACUUACGAUGUUCGAUUUAGUAGUUAUUGUAACAGUGACGCCUCAGUUUCGGCACAUUAUUGACCAAAUCGCGUAACGAAAAACGCAAGUGAAACAAAAUGAAACUUUACAAUACACAAUAACAUUGGCGUCAGUACUGAUACCUUAUAUUAACAUUUGCAAGAUUGCACGCUGCCCAGCUCGUGUUCUCUAAAAGCAACGUGUGAUGAUAUUUAAGUCUGGAUAAUGGUGCCUCCAGUCAAUCUUGGAACGGCAAGGUUGGAAUUCACAUUGCUACGUCUGCUACGACUUGUGGUGUUGCGACGUGACCUAUUAGACAUGACUUAGUGUGAUUAAUAUGUAUCGUAUGACCCUAUGAAGAUGUUAAUUGUUGUCUAGUCACCGAAUAUGGAAUCCUUAUUUGUAA